GGACAACGCCACUAUAGUGUCAUUCUACGAAGAAACUGGAUAUCGGAUAACGGGUCUGUGAAUGAACUCUGACUUCCAAGAGACUUGAUCACAAAGACCUCCCUCUCUGUAUGGAAAAAUCCCUUACAUGUGAAAACAUUGGAGCAAGGGUAGAGGGCAACUCUCUUUGGAGCAACAAAACAUGUUCAAUUUGAUGAAAAAGGACAAAGAGAAGGAUGGAGGGAGGAAAGAGAAGAAGGAAAAGAAAGAUAAAAAGGAGAGGAUGUCCGCAGCAGAACUGAGGAGCCUGGAAGAGAUGAGCAUGAGACGAGGCUUCUUCAACCUCAAUCGAGGGUCCAAACGGGACUCCAAAAACAAACUGGAGAUAUCCAAUCCAAUCCCCAUUAAAGUUGCCAGCAGCACUGAGCUUAGUCUUACCGACAUUGAGUCUGAUGGCCUGAGCAAUCGGAGCAGCAUGGUCCUGGAUGCCGAUCAGCUCAGUGCGGCCAGUUCCAGUGAUGACCUUAAGGGCGACUACGGCCAGGAUGGCCACCGUGGCUCGGUGAAGGAGAGGGCGGCCAGGUUUGGUGCUCUGGCCAAGCAGAACUCUCAGAUGGGUCACAUGUUGAAGCGUUUCUCCUUCUCCCAGAGGAGCAAGGAGGAGAGCCCCUCCGAGGGCUCCACACCUUCCGGGCAGAAUUCGGCAGCCCCUUCUCCGCAGGUGGAGGCCAAGCUCUUUGACCCGCAGCGAAAGCAGAGCCUCCAACAGCAGCUCCCUCCUGGGAAGAAGGUGCACAUUCCCGAGGUGGUGGACAAGGUGUUCCCAGCUGACCUCCGCCUUCCCGCCGUGAAGCCUCCUCAGAUGCCCGAGCCUCGAGAGCUGGAGCUCCAGCGUAGGAACACCGGAGAUUUUGGCUUUUCCCUGCGUCGGACCACAAUGCUGGACCGUGGCACGGAUGGUGGUGUCUACCGACGGGUGGUCCACUUUGCCGAGCCGGGUGCUGGCACCAAAGACCUUGCCCUGGGGCUCGUGCCGGGAGACCGGCUGGUGGAAAUCAAUGGGCGUAACGUGGAGAACAAGAGCCGGGACGAGAUUGUGGAGAUGAUCCGUCAGUCUGGGGAUACGGUGCGCCUGAAGGUGCAGCCCAUCCUGGAGCUGAGCGAACUGAGUCGCUGCUGGUUGAGGAACACGGAGGGGCUGCGGCGAGAGGCCUUUGACGUGAAGACCGAGGAGCAGAUUGCUGCAGAGCAGGCAUGGUAUGGCUCAGAGAAAGUGUGGCUGGUCCACAAGGAUGGCUUCUCUCUGGCAACGCUGCUGAAGACGGAGGCGGGCAGCCUGCCGGAGGGAAAGGUGAAAAUCAAACUGGAGCACGAUGGGACCAUACUGGACGUGGACGAGGACGAUGUGGAGAAGGCCAACCCUCCCUCCUUUGACCGCUGUGAAGACCUGGCCUCCCUCCUGUAUCUUAACGAGUCCAGCGUCAUGCACUGUCUCCGCCAGCGUUACGGAGGCAACCUCAUCCACACACACGCUGGCCCCAACAUGGUCAUCAUCAACCCCAUCAGUGCCCCCUCCAUGUACUCUGAGAAGGUGAUGCACAUGUUUAAGGGCUGUCGACGAGAGGACACGGCUCCACAUAUCUACGCUGUGGCCCAGUCGGCCUACCGGAACCUUCUGACCACGCGCCAAGACCAGUCCAUUGUCCUAUUGGGCAAGAGCGGAUCCGGAAAGACCACCAAUUGCCAGCACCUGGUGCAGUACCUUGUUUCCAUCGCCGGCAGCACUGGCAAGAUCUUCUCUGCGGAGAAAUGGCAGGCGGUUUACACCAUCCUUGAAGCCUUUGGGAACAGCAGCACUUCCAUUAACGCCAAUGCCAGCCGCUUCUCCCAAAUUGUCUCUCUGGAUUUCGACCAAGCAGGCCAGGUGGCAUCUGCUUCCAUCCAGACAAUGUUGCUGGAGAAACUGAGAGUGACGAAGCGGCCAGAGGGAGAGCCCACCUUUAAUGUCUUCUACUAUAUGAUGGCUGGAGCAGACAGCUCUCUGAGGACGGAGCUGCAUCUGAACCACUUUGCUGAAAACAGUGCUUUUGGAAUCACACCUCAGUCCAAGCCGGAGGAUAAGCAGAGAGCCUCACAGCAGUUCACCAAACUGCAGGCGGCCAUGAAGGUGCUGGGCAUCUCGGGCGAGGAGCAGAGGGCUCUGUGGCUCAUUCUCGGGGCCAUCUAUCACCUGGGAGCCGCAGGGGCCACCAAAGAGGCUGAUGAAGCUGGCCGUAAGCAGUUUGCGCGUCACGAAUGGGCCCAGAAAGCUGCUUACCUUCUGGGCUGCACUUUGGAAGAGCUCUCCUCCUCUAUCUUCAAGCACCAGCCCAAAGGAACCCUGCAGAGAUCCACCUCCUUCCGCCAGGGUCCCGACGACCUGGCCGCCGGGGAAAACUCAGGUCCUAAGAUCACUGCUCUGGAGUGUCUGGAGGCCAUGGCUGCUGGCCUCUAUUCCGAACUUUUCACAUUGGUCAUCUCCCUCGUCAAUCGGGCUUUGAAAUCCAGUCAGCACUCUCUGUGUUCUCUGCUUAUCGUGGACACGCCUGGUUUUCAGAACCCACGGCUGGCUAAGCGUGAACGCGGUGCCACUUUUGAGGAGCUGUGCCAUAACUAUGCCCAGGAGAGACUACAGACGCUCUUCCAUGAACGCACGUUUGUGCAGGAGCUAGAGCGUUACAAGGAGGAAAACAUAGAGCUUGCUUUAGAUGACAUAGAGCCCAGUACAUCCUUGUCUGUAGCAGCUAUAGACCAAGCGUCAACUCAAGCACUGGUUCGGACCCUGGCACGGACCGAUGAGGCGCGGGGGCUGUUAUGGCUGAUGGAGGAGGAGGCGCUGCAGCCUUGUGGUUCAGAGGACACACUGCUGGAGAGGCUUUUCAGCUACUACGGCCCUGCAGAGGGAGAGAGCAAAGGUCAGACCCUACUGCUGAAGAGUGAGAAACCUCAUCAUUUCCUGUUGGGCCAUAGUCAUGGCACAGACUGGGUGGAGUAUGACACUCAGGGCUGGCUGAGCCAUGCCAAGCAGAACCCUGCCUCGCAGAACGCAGCCACACUCCUGCAGGACUCCCAGAAGAAGAACAUCAGUUCAUUGUUCAUGGGUCGUUCGGGAGGGACCACGGUCUUGUCAGGCUCUAUCGCGGGGCUGGAGGGAGGAUCCCAGCUGGCUCUUCGCAGGGCCACUAGCAUGAGAAAGACCUUCACCACUGGUGUGGCUGCCGUGAAGAAGAAGUCCCUCUGCAUCCAGAUCAAACUCCAAGUGGACGCGCUCAUAGACACCGUGAGGCGCUCCAGGGUGCAUUUCGUGCACUGCCUGCUGCCCAAGGCGGACGCGCUGAGCAGUGAACUGCGGGUGAUGGGAGGCCCGUCUCCGCGCGGCGGGGAAUCGGAGGCGCACGGGGAGAGCUGUGACACGGGACUUAUGCAGCUGGAUGUUGGCCUCCUACGCGCUCAGCUCCGUGGCUCCAAACUUCUGGACGCCCUCCGUAUCUACAGGCAAGGUUACCCUGAUCACAUGGUUUUCUCUGAGUUCCGUCGGCGCUUUGAUGUGCUGGCACCCCACCUGACUAAGAAACACGGACGGAACUACAUAGUGACGGAUGAAAAGAGGGCCGUGGAGGAGCUUCUGGAGUCUUUGGAGCUGGAGAAGAGUAGCUAUCAUAUGGGCCUUAGCAGGGUCUUUUUCCGGGCAGGGGUUCUGGCCAAGCUUGAGGAGCAAAGGGACAUCCAGACCAGACGUAACAUCACACUCUUUCAGGCUGCCUGCAGGGGAUACCUGGCCAGACAAGCCUUCAAGAAGAGGAAGAUUCAGGACUUGGCUAUCCGCUGCAUCCAGAAGAACAUUAAGAAGAACCGUGGGGUGAAAGACUGGCCUUGGUGGAAAGUCUUUACCACCGUUCGACCUCUCAUUGAGGUGCAGCUCACCGAGGAGCAGAUUCGUGGCAAAGAUGAGGAGAUCCAGCAGCUAAAGGCAAAACUAGAGAAGGUGGAGAAGGAGAGGAAUGAACUGAGACUAAACAGUGACCGUUUAGAGAGCAGGAUAACAGAGCUGUCAUCAGAACUGGCCGAUGAAAGAAACGCGGGAGAGUCGGCCUCCCAGCUGCUGGAGUCGGAGACCUCGGAGAGACUGCGUCUGGAGAAAGACAUGAAGGACCUGCAGGCCAAAUUCGACUCGAUGAAGAAACAGAUGGAGUCCAUGGAGAUGGAGGUUAUGGAAGCUCGGCUAAUCCACGCUUCGGAACUCAACGGAGAGAUGGACGAGGACGAGGGCGGGGGCGAGUGGAGACUGAAAUAUGAACGAGCUGUCCGAGAAAUCGAGUUCACCAAGAAGAGACUGCAGCAAGAGUUUGAUGACAAGCUGGAAGUGGAACAGCAAAGCAAGAGGCAGCUGGAGAGACGAAUUUCUGACCUGCAGGCGGACAAUGAGGAGGUGCAACGUGUGGCCCAGCAGUUGAAGAAAAAGUGCCAGAGGCUGACAGCCGAAUUACAAGACACUAAACUUCACCUGGAGGGCCAACAGAGCCGAAAUCACGACCUGGAGAAGAAACAGAGAAAGUUUGACUCAGAGCAGACUCAAGCUCAGGAGGAGGUGCAGAGAGAGCGGAGUCAGAGGGAGAAACUGAGCAGGGAGAAGGACAUGCUGACUGGAGAGGUGUUCAGCCUCAGACAACAACUGGAGGACAAAGACCUGGAGUUGUGUGCUGUCAAUCUAAAAGUGGAGCAGUUGGAGGCAGAGCUGCAGGACCUCUCCUCUCAGGAGUCAAAGGACGAAGCCUCCCUCGCUAAGGUCAAGAAACAGCUCCGCGACCUGGAGGCCAAAGUCAAAGAUCAGGAGGAAGAGCUGGACGAACAAGCCGGAACCAUCCAGAUGCUUGAACAGGCUAAACUGCGUCUGGAGAUGGAAAUGGAGAGACUAAGACAGACUCACUCUAAAGAGAUUGAGAGUAAAGAUGAAGAGGUGGAGGAGAUCAGACAGUCCUGCAGUAAGAAGGUCAAACAGAUGGAGAUGCAGUUGGAGGAGGAGUAUGAUGAUAAACAGAAGGUCCUCAGGGAGAGGCGGGAGCUUGAAGCCAAGCUGUUGGCUGCUCAGGACCAGGUUAGCCAGAGAGACGUGGAGACGGAGAAGCGCUUGAGGAAAGACCUGAAGAGAACCAAAGCCCUGCUGGCUGACGCCCAAAUCAUGCUGGACCACCUGAAAAACAACGCUCCCAGCAAGAGAGAGAUCGCUCAGCUCAAGAACCAGCUGGAGGAGUCAGAGUUCACCUGCGCAGCUGCAGUGAAAGCCCGCAAAGCCAUGGAGGUUGAGAUUGAGGAUCUACAUGUGCAGAUGGACGAUAUCUCAAAGGCCAAACAGGCUCUGGAGGAGCAACUGAGCCGAUUGCAGAGGGAGAAGAAUGACUUGCAGUCUCGUAUGGAGGAGGACCAGGAGGACAUGAACGAUCUCAUGAAGAAACACAAAGCUGCUGUUGCCCAGUCCUCCCAGCACCUGGCUCAGAUCAGUGACCUGCAGGCCCAACUGGAAGAGGCUAUGAAGGAGAAACAGGACAUCCAGGAGAAGCUCCAGUCUCUACAGAGUCAGCUGGAGUUUCAAGAAGAGUCUAUGGUGGAGAAGUCCCUGCUCAGCCGACAAGAGGCCAAGAUUCGUGAGUUGGAGACCAAACUUGAGUUUGAGAAGACACAGGUCAAACGCCUGGAGAGCCUGGUGGCGAGGCUGAAAGACAACGUGGAGAAGCUGACGGAGGAGCGAGACCAGCGUAGCACCAGCGAGAACCGGGAGAAGGAGCAGAACAAGCGACUCCAGAGGCAAAUCCGCGACAUCAAAGAGGAAAUGGGCGAGCUGGCCAAAAAAGAGGCCGAGGCCAGCCGUAAGAAACACGAACUGGAAAUGGACAUUGAAAGUUUGGAGGCAGCCAAUCAGAGUCUCCAGGCUGACCUCAAACUGGCCUUCAAAAGGAUUGGCGAUCUUCAGGCAGCCAUAGAGGACGAGAUGGAGAGUGACGACAAUGAGGAUCUCAUCAACAGUCUACAAGACAUGGUGACUAAGUAUCAGAAAAGAAAGAACAAAAUCGAGGGUGCCUCAGACACUGACUCAGAGGUAGAGGAUCGUGUGGAUGGGGUGAAAUCAUGGCUGUCCAAAAACAAAGGUUCCGCCAAAAACCUGUCAGAUGACGGUAGCCUGAAGAGCUCAAGAUUCGCUGUAAACGUAGACGCAAAAGAGGGAAAAGAAUGGAAAGAGGGUAAGGAAUGGAAGGAAAAUGGUAAAGAGGGAAAAGAGGCAGAUUCAUGCAGGCCUGUGUCAGUCAUGAGUUCCCUCAGCUACAGGAAGCGUGGCAACCUCAAGGACUCCAUAGGGGGCAAAGGGGACGAGAGCUCUCUCCUCAGUACGCUUAAAGAACAGUCUGAUUCCCAGGAGCUCCCUUCUUUCCGCAAAAACAAGUCAAAGAUGACAGACGCCCAGGACGAUUCUUAUUCUGUCAGUUCCUGGAGGAAAUCCCAGCCCGGAGAUGAUCUGGACGAUCGAGGAUCCGUCAUUUCGCAGGCCUAUUCGGAGGCCGCCAGCCGGGCCAGAAAGGGUUUGGAAAGCCGGUGGUCGGAAUUUGACAAGGAGUCGGUUGUGUCCUCGGUGGCCCCCAGCCGAGCCUCCACCCGUCGCACCGCCCUGGACCUAGAUGACGAUGACGCCAUGUCUACCCUUAGCGUGGGGCGGUUCAGUCCUCUCAGCCGACGGCGUAGCAUGUCCCGCCUGGACGACCGGCAGAGCGAGUAUGGCGGAUCUGCCGUCAGCCCCAGCCUCAGCCGUCGCAGUCCCGGAAGCGUGAGCCGCGUGGAUUCCCGCAUGUCCCUGGCCCGCAGCUGCCGACUCAGCGAGUUUGAUGUGGAUGACGAUGCUCACAGCGUGGCCUUCAGCGACGCUCGUUCCAGUGCCUACAGUCCCCACUCUUCCGGCCGCAGCGUGUCCAUGCCCCCACAGGCCCGUGCCACAGACGCGAGCCCUCCGGACACCUCCGACGUCAAACCGGUCAGCCACCGCAACUAUCUGGACCCAGAACUGGAGAAGGCCAUCAACGAGGUGUUGAGCUUCAAGCCAAUUAAGUUUAAGCGUAGCAGCCUGGAGGACUCCGAGGCUGAAAGAAGCAAGCAAGGAGAGGAUGACGACGGGAGACUGAGCGUAAGUGGUGGGAGGUCGGGCCGAGAGAGCGGACGGAGCUCUAGCGUCCGCCGCUCUGCAUCCGCAGUGGAUUACGUGCGCUCGUCAAGUCGCUCCAGCACGCGCAGCAGUCGAAGCAAGAAGGGCAAGAGCAAGAAGAAGAAGAAGAGCCGGAGCUCCGAGUCAGACAGCUCAGACUCUGACAAAGACUCGAAGAGGAAGGGCUCCAAGAAAAAGGGCAAGAGGUCCAAAAAGAAGUCUAAGAAGGAGUCCUCGUCAUCUUCCUCCUCCUCCUCCUCCUCCGAUUCUGAGUCCAGCUCUGAGUCAGACUCAAGCUCAGGAGCCUCCACGAUCUCGUACAGGAGCACCAACAGCAUUAAGAAAGGUCCUGGCAGACGGGCCUCAGGUUCUGAGGAGGAGCAAGGCACGGGGGCCCCUGCCGAGAACGGGCCGCCGCUGAGCAAGAAACAAGAGAAGAAGAAGAAGCAGAAAGUGGACAGUGUGAUGAUGAAGUAUUUGUACAGGCCUGACAGUGACUAA